GUCACUUCCGAGCGGCCGGGGCCGUUCCGGGGCGGCGGGGCCGGGACGCGGCUGCUCCGGGGGAGCUCCGAUUACUGCUGCAUUAUGUCAGGAGAGAGCGACUGCACCAGGACAAGUCCGUCAGCAGGGUCUCCAUCGGACAGUGAGCUCCUGCCAGACCGGCCAAAGUAUGUUUGUACCCUGUCUCCUGAUCUUGUUACCAAAGCCCGGGAGGAGCUCCAGGAGAAGCCGGAAUGGAGGCUCCGUGACGUGCAGGCACUCCGAGAUAUGGUGUGCAAGGACUAUCCUUCCCUGGGGACGUGCCUGGACGAUGCUUUUUUGCUAAGGUUCCUCCGAGCCAGGAAGUUUGAUUACGAUCGAGCGCUUCAGCUCCUGGUGAACUACCACACCUGCAGGAGGACCUGGCCAGAGGUGUUCAGUAACCUGAAGCCAUCUGCAAUAAAGCCUGUCCUGGAGUCAGGCUUUGUCACUGUGCUGCCUCACCGGGACCCGCAGGGACGCCACGUCGUCUGCAUCCGCCCAGACAGAUGGACACCCAGUAAUUAUCCGAUUACUGAGAACAUUCGUGCCAUAUACUUAACCUUAGAAAAACUCAUUCAGUCCGAAGAGACCCAGGUGAAUGGAAUUGUAAUCCUGGCAGACUACAAAGGAGUCAGCUUAUCUAAGGCGUCUCAUUUUGGUCCUUUUGUAGCCAAAAAAGUGAUUGGAAUUCUUCAGGAUGGAUUCCCCAUUCGAAUAAAGGCUGUUAACAUAAUAAAUGAGCCUCGCAUAUUCAAAGGCAUUUUUGCAAUCAUCAAGCCUUUUCUGAAGGAAAAGAUUGCAAACAGGUUUUUUCUUCAUGGCUGUGAUCUGAAUUCCCUUCACCAAAACAUUCCUCCAGUGAUCCUUCCUGAAGAGUAUGGUGGCACUGCAGGCAAGCUGGACAUCUCUGCCUGGAAUGAGCUGCUGCUGGCCUCUGAAGAGGACUUUGUGCAUGAUUUCUCAGAGCUGGUGCUCCCCUGUGACAGCUCUCCCCACGACCUGCUAGUGAGUGGGGAUGCUGAUGAAAAGCAGUGUGAUGAUUCCCUGCGAGGGAUGAAACCUCAGCUCUAUUACUGUUACUAACAAACCACUGGAGGGAAGUUUUCCAGCACAGUUAAGAUCUGCUCUGCUAGGUGAUGUUGUGAACUCUGCCUUACUCCUAAACCUGCAGUUUAGGGACAGACUGCUGAGGCACUUUACACUGUAGAACCAAAGGAAGCUGGAGAGGGCACAAUGGGGGCAGGGCAGAGUUCGGGGAGGGUAGAAGCAAAGAGCACAAGUUAUGCAGAAGACUUGAGGCUCAUCAAACUCUAUGUGAAUGGUGCAAACUGGCCUAUUCUUUCCAAUGAUAAAGGGAAAAAAUUAUUGCAGGUAGGUAAGCUUGACAAUUUCUUGUCCCCCCCCCCCACAGGUGAUAAGUGAGGAUGAUUUAGGAGCUUUGUGAUCAUCUGGUCCCUUCCCCUUCUGCAAACACCAGUAAUCCAAGACACAAAAAUGGCUUUUGAACCCUUCAAAAUAUAAUUCUGUAGUGAAGAUUGCUUAAAACCAUAGAAGUCUAACUUGGCCUGUCCUCUGUCACGUGGUUCAGAUUGUGAGUCGGUGUUUCUGAAAUAUCUCAGUGAAUAUUUGUUCAAAUUAAUACAGAACAAAAUUUAUUCAUGAAUACCUGUAUGUAGGUCUUAUCUUAAACUUCCUCACAGUUGGAAGAACUGUGACUGAUGCAUUAAACUGCCAUAAUAUCCAUACCAAGGUUUAGACAGCAGGUGCAAUCUUCAUUUCCAGAUCAUUUACUAAGGCUUUUGAUUGGACAGGAGCUUCAAAUAAUGAGGUUCAGGACCAAAUAAAAGAAAGCUGUGUCAGCCACCUUCCCACAUUGCUAGUUCUUUUCUGGUUGAGAUAAGGAAUUGGAUAAGUACCUCAUACCCAGGAUGUGUGAGGAGGUUUUGUAGCAAUUGCCAUGUGAUAUAUAGAAGGCAAUACUUCAUUAAGACAGCAAGGUCCUGCUUUAGCUUGUUACUUUGGGCUGAUUUUGAGUUCAAAGUCUGUGAAACCAAAUGCAGACAGGCUUUUUAAAAGCACAUUCUUAAAUUUCCUGAUAUUGUAGCAUUUUGUUCACUGUGCUUGUCAGCUCUUCUGUGAAGUGUUACAACUUAGUUUACAACUUUGUUGACCUCUUUUGUCUUUGGUUGUCAUGUUCCUGUAUGAAGUUAGACUUGAAUCAUCUCUGUGAUAUUUACCCAUAACUUGUAUGCCUGUGCUUCUAGGUCUUUGUCUAGAGACAGAACUAACAUUGAUGUCAAACCCCAGGGUAAGAUACCUGUGUCUAAAUAAGCUGUUCCCACUCCCCAAGUUCAUUUUGUUUAAUGGUCUUGAAUUAGAACCUAACUCUCAGCACACUCUUUGCACACAUUCUUCUGCACUGUUAUGGUGUGGAGAUGGGAAACCUCACUAGGACGAGGAAAGCACAGUCUGUUACGUCAAGGUGAAAUAAUUCACUAUGUGGUGGAAAAGAACAUCCCUUCUGAUUGGGAACUUAUCACUAGAGCACUUUCUCUGGAUGAAAUCUUGAUUUAGUGCCAAAUGUGAUUAUAGGCACCAGUUAUAUUUCUGUAAAUAUAAAACUAAAUUAUCUUGAGGAUCUCAGACAUUCAUUUUUCAAAGUGCCAAACUCUGUUUUGAAUGUCUUUCUUCCUCUCAGCCCCCUUGCAGCAUGACUGCACUGCCAAAAGGAGGCUCCUCUACAACUGUGAUGACUGACCUGGCAGCAGAUCUCCUCCUGGAACUAAGGGUUGGCAAAUGCCACACCUGUCAUCCCAACAUUAUAAAAAGAGACUGGGUACUGAAAAGGGGUAAAACAAUGAAGCUUUUUUUUUCUUUCCUGGGUAGCAGUUCAGAAUCUGUAGGAGCAGAAAACUCAUCACAUGAACAGUUGUAGAUUAAAGGUGGGAAGAGAUUAAUUUUCCUUACGUUUCUUACAUUUAGAAGUCAAUUGUAACUCCUCUUUGGUAACUACUACCUUUAGUGCAGGGAAAAAACAAACUGCCAUUUUCAUCUACUUAAAUAAGGUAAAAGAGUACUGCUAAGCAGCUCCUCCUUUGUGACCAGAAUAUGCUGUGUUUUGCAGAAGUUAAUUCAGUUUUUUGCCACCUAGAAGCCAGUAGCACACAGCACCAGGACUUGGACAGAUAAGUGGCUGCCCACACUGCUAAACUGCUAGAACAGAGAGAGUGGUGCCUCUGUUGUUUUAGUGCCUCUUAAUUCCAGUCACAAGGUACAACUGAAAAAAACAGGAUGGACCAUUUUACCUAUAAAGGCCUGACUGAUUAGACUUUCCUUAAUUGUGUUGCUGGGUUAGAAGAGGGGGUAUACUGAUUCUAGGAACCCUUAUAUAAGUACUAGAGGGGGAGACUGGAUGUUCAAAAUUCAAUUUAAUGUCCUUCAAAAAGAAAUAAAUCUAGUGGUGUUCAGCAGAAGGCUGAGGAACCUCUACUAAACACCCUUUUCCAGGCUUUUACAUUUUCUUGCAUGCCUUAAAUAGUAUGCAGACUAGAUCCACCCUCUUCUUUCCUCUGCUCACUAAUAAAGAAUAUGAUUCAAACAUAAUAAAUGAGGUUAUAUGGUUGUGCUGGGUUUGGCUGGGAUAGAAUUUUCUUCACAGGAGUCAGUGUGGCAGCCAUGGUGCUGGCUGAGGUUAGAGCACCACAAUUUCCAGUGCUGAAAAGUGCCAGUCUUGUGGCAGAGCUACUGCAGAACUUCUUCUUCUUAAAGCUAGUCCUGGGCAGUGGAUGUCAGGAUGCUGAAUUAAGCCAGGUUUUAUCAAGCAUCUGUUAUUUCUAAUUUGCUGUUCCUUGGCUUUAGAACUCAGCCAGGAAUUGCAGCUUCACUGAGCUGUGUUUCUAACCCUGAAGUCACUCUGACCAGUGCUUGGCAUGUCUUACAGAAAGCACAGCUCUGGCUUCUGUGUGUGCCUGGCUACAGAGCUGGGAAUGUUCUUUGAGCUUUAGCACUCAAUAGCAAAGAAAUGAGUUUGUUCUCAGAAUUUCUCAUGUCAGCAUUUGGAAAAUAAACAUUUGUUGUCAAGUAUAGCAUCUCCUUAGCUGCAAGUGAAGAGGAUAGCUAGAAAAGCUUACAGGAUGGGGUUGUCUUUUUUUGCUUAGGGAUUGCUUGGGUUUUUUUACAGCUCAACAACUACUUUGGUCCUUCUUCCCACUUGAAAUAACUUUAUUUUCCAAGGUUGGAUGCCUUUCCCAGUACAUCAGCCAUCCCUGCCAAUUCCAAAAUGUUAUAAGGAAGGAUACUUGAACUGCAUUGGCAGUAGGGGGCACAAAAGGUAGCUGCAAACUGUACAUAAAAGUACUUGAAUUUAUACUCUUGCAAAUGGGUGUUAGGAGGUAUUUUCAGGAACUGGCUGAAGUAUCGUUUUUGUUACAUCUCAUUUUGGCAUGAGUUAUUCAUUGUGUUAUUCAACUACUAAUUUUGCCUUCUGUUAGAAUUCUGGUAGGGCUUAGAGGUGUUGGGUAGUUAAGUGUACAUCUUAUUUUGAUAAAAUUUAUUUUUAUAUUGCAUUUUAUAAAACAAAGUCGUCAAAAAUGUGUAUGUUUAUGAUGCAUGACUGGGUGAUUAAACACAAUGUAACAGCUUCUCAUUUGAUAUUUUCAA